AACACGAUGAGUGGAAGAGGCAAAGGCGGGAAAGGACUCGGUAAAGGAGGCGCUAAGCGUCACCGUAAAGUCCUCCGUGAUAACAUCCAGGGAAUCACCAAACCCGCCAUCCGCCGUCUGGCUCGCCGCGGCGGAGUGAAGCGUAUCUCCGGUCUGAUCUACGAGGAGACCCGCGGUGUGCUCAAGGUUUUCCUGGAGAACGUGAUCCGGGACGCAGUCACCUACACCGAGCACGCCAAGAGGAAGACCGUGACCGCCAUGGACGUGGUUUAUGCCCUGAAGAGGCAGGGCCGCACUCUGUACGGCUUCGGAGGUUAAACAUCAUCCUGCUCCUUAAACACAAAGGCUCUUUUAAGAGCCAACCACCAAC